AUGGCACCUGUAGAUAUCUGGCCUGUGACCAACGCCUCCCUCGGCGUGGUGGUCCUCUUCAACAAUGCGUGGAACACGACACUAGGUCCUCGAUAUACGACGAAUGUGCUGGCUUGCUCUAUCGACGCUCGUUGGGCCAAGGCCAAGUCCAUCAUGUCUGGAGUAUGGGACGAGUGGGUACCGCAUGAGUACUACGCUGGCCGGGUAUUGAACUUGGUCGAGACUGAAUUGGAGCUUCAGUCGAAGAUCGGCUAUCUUCAAGUUACCCCUCCCAAGAACGAUUCCCUAAGAUCUAUCAGGAUGACCACGAAUUGGUAUGAGAUGCUAUCACCUCCAUUACCUGACAUUUUGCCCAACAGUUUGAAGCAACUUCCAUUCAUCGGAACAAAAAUGACAACUCUCGAGGCGUUAGUCGCUACUAUUUACCACGUAAACCUAUCUCAAAUGGCGUCUUUCGAGAGUGUCAUAGGGGCUGCGGUUGUUGAAGGGCUUUCUCGAUGCGGUCUAAACGGGAACGGGGGACAUGUCGAGAUCUUUGAGGGCGUGGUAGUCAAUAAUUCUCUAGCCCGGAAACUUGUCAAUCCCGGUGACCCCAAAGAGUACUGGCCAAACCCGAACGAACCAAGGCAGGAGAGGCUUGAGUUGAAAGCUAUAUAUACGGGCUACGUCAUGACCUGCGAUAGUUGGUUUGACUGGAUCGCCAACAUGGGGCUUGUCCUUUACGCUGUGAUUGCUCUGUUACAUUCAGUGUAUAUUUCAUGCAAGGGACAGACGAGUGGAGCAUGGGAUUCGAUUCUAGAGCUCGUUGUUCUUUGCCAAAAUUCGAAGCCGCCCCCGAGGCCAAUCUUGGCCAACACUUCAGCUGGUGUGCACUCUUUCAAAACCGUCAGGUCGAUGGCUUGGGUCGAGGUAUCUAAAGAUACAUCGGCUAACACAGGCGCUGAUUUCCCCGCGAGCGGAGGAGAGCUUCAACUUCGAAUUAGGGAUAAUGAAGAAAAACGAGAUGAGAGCCUUAAGCCAAGAAUAGGAGCAGCAUACGGGGUAUCUGUCACAGGUUAUCAGGCAUUGUCCUCUUGA